GAUUUUUACAUCCAAAUAUAAGAAAAUUUUAUAUAAAUAAUAUCUCCAACAUAUCUACAAAAUUACAACUCCAAGAAACACAAAAGAAAUAGCAAAAUUCCUUUUACAGAUAUCUACAUUACCACUUCCCCAAAUAAUAACAUCAAAAUAACCUAACCUGUAUUUUCUUAAAAAAUAUGUCAAAUUACAAGAACAAAGUUCUAUAAAUGAAGACUCUACUUGUAAAAAUAUAAAAGAAUAAUGGAAAACAAAGUUAAAUUAGAAGAUAUCAAGGAAGAAGAUGAUUCUAAACUUUCAAAUACUGAUUUACCAGAAAAAGUUGAAAAACCUAAAGAAAGAUUAUAUUUUCAAUGUUCUUUGUGUUCCAUGCGCGAAGAAUGUGAUUAUUUUGGCAUGAAUCCACCAUUUACGAAUAAAUACCUGUUAAAAGAGGAUGUAUACAUCCUAGAAGAUCCAUUUGUACCCCCAAAAACUGGGCAAUUUAUAAUUUUAGGUUCUGUUUGUGUUAAGUGUAAAAAGGGCGUUUGUAAAGAUGGCGAAUGUAGUUUAUAUUUUGAUGGAACUUUUUGUAUGAAGUGUGCCAAGGAUUCUUUAAGUUCUUUUCCUAAACCUAUUCAAGAUAAAAUUAAUAAAAUUGUAAUGAAGUAGAAAUAGUUUUUAUUUAUUAAUAAAAUUUUUUGACA